AUGUCAAAAAUCCAAAACGAACCCUACUUCUCUUGGCCGCCUCGGAUGCUCGGUGAUCCGUCACUUCGCAAUUGUAGACUGUGUUGUUCUUACCAUAAGGACCAUGGACAUCUCACAGAGGAUUGCAAAGCGCUAAAGCAAUUCGUGGAGGAAUUGGUGCAGAGCGAACACCUACGAUCUUAUGUUGACUCAUCCAUAGAUCGAAAGGAUAAUAUUAGGGACAAAACUGGAGAAACACAACCCACGGUAACUAUUAAUAUGAUUUAUUCGGUUCCAACGAAAAGGCGCAUAGGUCGGGAAGCAGCACCGACAUUCCGAAGAGAAAUUAUGUCCCUCUCAGAGGUGGCUGCAAAAAGGAUUUGCUCAUCAGCAAAGAUUUCCUUCUCUGAUGAGGAUCUGACAUGGAUCCAUCAUCCUUAUAAUGGCGUAUUUGUAGUAACAUUAUAA